GGAAGUUGGGAAGUCUUACGUACUCUUCCGUCGGCAAGAACACUAGUCUACAGUUUUGAGGAGGAAAGGACGCAGUCUGUCACGUUUCAGCAGCCUCCAAAGCUCUCUCUCUCUCGCUCCCUCUCUCUAUUCCACGUCGCGAGGUAUUUCGAGCAAGAUGGUGAUCAAAGUUUACAUCGCGUCGUCAUCCGGAUCAACCUCAAUCAAGAAACAGCAACAGGAUGUCAUGGGGUUCCUGGCAGCCAAUAAGAUCGAUUUUGAGGAAUGUGACAUUGCAGCCAAUGAAGAGAACAGGAAAUGGAUGCGGGAAAAUGUACCAGUGGAUUCCCGACCAGCCACAGGGAAUCCCCUCCCACCUCAGAUAUUUAACGAGGAGAGAUACUGUGGGAAUUAUGAGGCUUUUUUUGAUGCACGAGAAGAGAAUGCUGUGUAUGCUUUUCUAGGCUUGACUGCUCCACCAGGUUCUAAGGAAGCAGAGGCUCUAGCCAAAAAGGAGCAGCAGUAGCCACAUAAUCUUCAAUUGCCUGAUACUGUUUUGUUUCUAACCUUCUGCUUUCAAUCCUAUAAUUUUACAUUUUCAUAUUACUCAUCAAUCUCCCAUUCAAAUUAGAGAACCCAUUUGGGUGACACCUGCUCCUGUAUAUUACAGACUGUGAGAACGUCUUACAACUGUGGAUAGUGCAAUUGCCUGCAAUCCUCUGUAAAGUUGGAAAAGAAUUCUACUGUCUUUUUAAUUGUAUACAUUUGUAUGGUGGUAUUCAUUCAUGAUGUGCCAUAAAGCAGGUGAAUUAACAGUGGCUGCAUUUUUUCACAGAUUAAAUUGUGAAUUUAUAUUUCAGUUAAAAAGAUGUUCCCUGUUAAAUAAUGUUAAAGGGCUACUGUAGGUAGUAAACAUUUUGUCUCUCUUAGUCAUUAGUGCUUUAGCUUGCUAUUUUGUGUCAGAAGAUAUGUUUGUUUAUGUAUUUCAGUGUUUGAUUUUGGAGACCAUUAAAGGUACACAAAGUAUGAGAAUAUAAAGAUUCAAUGUUGGGUUUAGUUUCAUUUCUUGUACUGAAUUAGUAAUUUCUUAGUAGCUCCCUAAAAAUCAAGCGUAAUGUCGGUAAUAAAUCCUUAGUAUGUCAGUAAUGAAAUUUCAUUAAAGUGUCAUUUAAGGUAAUAAUGUAUGCACCAUUUGUUAAAUGUGAGGUCCCAAUACUAACUAUAUUCAUUGUAAUUAUUAUUGUUCAAGAUAAGUAUUACUUACUGGACCUUUAUCUUAUUCUCAGCUUGUCUUAAUAGUGUACACUUUUUUCUAUUUUAUGAGCAAAUAGAAUAUGCCAAUUUUUUUUGAAGAACUGUAUUAUUGAAGGGGACAGUUCAUUAAAGCAUUGUUUUAAAUAAAAAAAAA